AUGCCCUUCACCAUACAGCAGUGUGCAAUCCCUGCAGUGACUUUUCUCAUCUGCCUCAUAGCAUACCCGUCACAAUGGUUGCUUCGACGACUUGGCCCUCAACCCCUGACAAAACAGCAAUCCAUCAUACUUCAUCUAUAUGCUUUGGUCAUCUUGUUUUGCUAUUACAAGGCGUGUUUUACGGAUCCUGGUAGAAUCCCGAAAGACUGGAUUUCGAGACAGAGCGAGAAGACCGAAGAGAAGAAACUCCAGGACGGACGCCAACGCCAAAGAUGGUGCCGUAAAUGUCAGGCUUAUAAACCGCCGCGGGCGCAUCACUGCAAGACAUGCGAAAGGUGCAUUCCCAAAAUGGAUCACCACUGCCCCUGGACAGCCAAUUGUGUCUCCCAUACUACCUUUCCGCACUUUGUUCGUUUCUUAUUCUACGCCGUCGCUGGUAUGUCGCAUCUCGGAUGCCUUCUCUGGUCACGGAUGUACCAUCUAUGGACACAGAGAGAUUUGCCGAGUUAUCUUGGUCCGAGUCCUACCUUAUUGUUCGGCCUUUUCUUCAUCACCGCCCUGAACUCUGUAGUCGUCUUUGCGCUUUUCAUUCUGCUUGUUCGCACAUUAUGGUGCCUAGGUGCUAACACAACCACUAUUGAGGGAUGGGAGAUCGAGAGACAUGAGACGUUGCUUCGCCGUGCGAGGUAUCUAGGUGGAGUUCUCGAAGGUCCCAAUGGCACUAAAAUACCCAUCACCAGACAGGAGUACCCAUGGGACAUUGGAAUUUUCUCGAAUAUCGCUCAGGGUAUGGGUAGCUGGAAUCCUCUUGCCUGGUUCUGGCCCUUCUCAUUCACCCCAUCCAUUGAGAGUGGACUACACUUCGAAGAUAAUGGUCUUGAAGCUCCUGGUACUACGUGGCCACCCCCAGACCCAGAUCGAAUGUUUCGUAUGGCGCCUACAGAAAGAGCUUUCGAUCCUUCCAACGCUUUCACUCAUUCAAUGGACCCUGAAGAGGUCUAUAAGAGGCAACAAGCUGAUCGCAUGCGUCCCUCUCCUGCUACAGAUACCUCCGAGCUUCGACGCAGGCAGCCCUUCCACGUGCGUUAUGAUAAGCAAAAUGCUCAGAAGCGUCGCGACGAAGACUAUGUUUAUGGCACUGACUAUGAAUCGGACUGUGAAGACCAAGAGCAAGAGGCUUAUGACUGGCAACCAAAACCAGGAGAAGGUGAAGAAGGUUGGCGAAACUCGGAGGGUGAGAGAUUGAACGACUUCGGCGUUGACGAAGACGUCGAGUUCUACGAUGAGGACGAAGUGCCUCUUGGUGAGCUGAUGAAACGGAAGAAUUUGGCCAAUGAUGGCUCAAAAUACUGA